AAUCCAUGCCCCAGUGUGGGUUUAAGCCUGCCGUGCCAGUUUAGAGGGCUUGACUUCAAGCCUCGUCCUCCUCCCGGUACCUCUCCUGUCGCCCCGAGUCCGCCCGUCCGCCCGAGCAGCGGGAGCGCUGGUGCCAAAGCAAAGACACACAGAGCAUUAUGUCAUUGGCAUCCUGGUUCAGGUGGAAUGAGCCCCCAAACCGCAUUUCCCAGAGGAACCCCACAGAAAUGGUGGUGGAAACGCUCAUGAUGGAGCUGAGCUGGCAGAUCAAGCAGGCAGAGAAGCAGCAGCGCGAGCGGGAGAACGAAUACCGCAAGAUCAAGACCGGGGUGGACUACGGCUGGCUGGUCAGCUACCCAAAGCAGAGCUACGACAUCAGCCCCGGAGAACGGCUGCAGCUGGAGGACAUGUGCACCAAAAUACAUCCUUCCUACUGUGGGCCUGUCAUACUCAGGUUCAGGCAAGUUGUUGCGGAGUACGAACCAGAAGCGCAGGAAGUAUCCCGGCUCUUCCGCUCCGUCCUGCAGGAAGCUGCUGAGAAGAUCAAAGAGGAGGAAGAGGCCAAGAAGCUUGCAAGGCAAUGGAACACAAAGAACAGAACCAGCCUCUCCUUAACAACAUUUAAAUCUCGGUCCAGGAUUUCCCCAUUCAUCAGUGACAUCAAGACCAUCUCAGAGGAUGUGGAACGGGGCACCCAGCCCAACAGGAGGGUUUGGAGCAUGCCAGAAUUUCGGAACACCAAGGAUUUCUGACUCUAUACUAAAUAAGGUUUUUAGACACUGAUCUUUCAAAAGUCCAGUUAACCCUUUUUUAACUCUACUGUUUCUUCUUUUUUCCAUCUCUUUUCCUGCCUGUCUCUGUCUUGGAAGCUGUGUCCGUAGUAACCGCUGCAGAUGCCUGCAGUCUGUGACACCAUUUAUUACCAAACAUGGUAGCUUUUCCUUUAACUCAGUAGCUAUCCAGUAACCUUAAGGACAAGGCUCACUUACUAUCUCGUUUUUAUUACUGCUUUCUUGUGGAAAAUGAAUUAGUUUUGCUAUGUCUGUUUUCUCCCUUUCCCCUCCAGCCUGGAUGUAGUUAUCUAUAAAAACGUUUGGCUCAAGCUACUGAGAGCUGCUGGCUCCUCCAAUCUUGCUGAAAGCAAGACAGCCACCUAAAUGAGUGAGGCUUGCAGGAUCAGGCUUGUGAGCUAAAGCUAGUAUCUGAUUUGGAACUGAACUUCCUUUUCCAACUAAUAGCCUUCCUCAGUGCUACAACAAACUUCACAGGUAACCUCAGCACUGCUCUUGAUCCGCUUUUUUGCUGACAGUUCACAAUCCAACCUGAGUAGAAACAGGCCCAAGCUUUUUGAGAUUAAAGACCAAUCAUGUUCCACAA